AUGCCUUUCGAAGAGAUAUCGCUCAACGACGGAAACAAGAUCCCUGCAAUCGCGUUCGGCACAGGAAGCGUGAAUAAAGGAAAAGAUAUCCACGCGUACAUCGAACAAGCUAUCGACGCUGGGUUCUCCCAUGUUGAUACUGCGCAAUACUACGGCAACGAAUCAAGCGUCAGCACGGCCCUACGCGAAACGGGCCUCGCGCGUUCCGAGUUUUUCAUCACUACAAAGUAUGCAUCUGGAGACGUUCAAGAGGAAGUGAGGAAUAGUUUGGAAAAGCUGGGACUCAAACAACUCGACCUAUACCUCAUCCACUUUCCCGACCCUACAAAGGAUACAGUAAAGACAUGGAAGGAAUUCGAGAAAGUUAAGGAGGCGGGGUUAUCAAAGAGCAUCGGCGUAAGCAACUUCACCAUCCCCGACCUCGAAAAACUAGCCAAAAGCGGCUUAACAGUCCCAGCCGUCAACCAGAUCAGGCUACACCCCUACAACUACACACAACACAAAUCUCUCUUAGAAUAUCACGCCCAACACGGCAUAAUCACCGAAGCGUACGGUAGCCUGUCACCAAUAACAACAUACCCCAACGGCCCAGUCGACGCCCCACUCAAAAAAGCAGCUUCCCGCCUAGGCAUAACACCCACCCAAGUCGUCUUUGCGUGGGUCAAAGCAAAGGGAGCCGUCAUCGUCACGACCAGCUCCAGCAGACAGCACCUCGAAGAAUACCUCGCUGUUGGGGAUCUAUCCCCUCUCACGCAAGAGGAGAUUCAAGCGAUAGACGAGGCAGGCGCCAAUGGUCCCCCUACUCGUGUCUCCAUCUUGGACAAGUGUUGGUUCGCUUGCCGACAGUGGUUAUGGGUAGUCGAGUUUCUUUUCCUCCUGGCCUUGGGGGUCAAUUUGAUGCGUAUUGCUGGGAACAAUGUGUUCUACUCCACUGCAUCCUUUGAAGAAUAG